AUGACGUUCCGGCGAACGAUAAGCACGCCCGCGCCCCAUAUAACUGAGAGUCAUCUGACGAUGGAAAACUACCAUCUCAAGGCUGACCAAACCAUGGAGGACCUCCUGGAAACUCUGGAAGAGAUACUCGAUAACUCGGAGCCCACGGGAUACGAAGUGGACUAUCAUAGCGGUGUUCUCACUCUGAAACUGGGUUCCCAUGGGACAUAUGUCAUCAACAAGCAGCCUCCGAACAAACAGAUCUGGCUGUCGUCACCCAGAAGUGGGCCGAAACGUUAUGACUUCGACGAUUCCAGCGGAUGGAUCUACCUCCGAGAUGGAGGGUCAUUGAAUGACCUGCUCUCCGAAGAGCUUAGUGAUGUUUUCUCGCGACCAAUCACUAUUCGGAUAUAA